UUUUGCGAUGAUUGCGAUGAAUUGACAAAAAGUCAUCCGCGUGGAAAAAGAUCGCACCUUUACCAGUUGAGGAAGAUGAAAACGUGAAAUCUAAAAUUAGAGGUAUAUCUGUUUCGAUAAAGUACAUACGUACAUAUGUUCUGCAGUCAAAAUAAUAUCAAUUCAACGAUCCCGCUAAUAAAUAUAGUAAUUCUAGCGGAUAGAAAUAGUUAAAAUGUGUUCGAGAACUGGAAUUAGAAUGAACAGCUAUUUCGAUACAGCUUAUCGCUCCGCGACAGAGAGUGAAUUUUUCGAAAAAUUCGUCGACCAAUCAAAGAGUGGAAACGCUAAUAAAGUCAUUGAAACAGUCCGAGAGAUCCCCGAGCUUCGUAACUGGACAAUAAAAGAAUUCUAUCGAGCAAAAAGUAAUGAAGAGGCUGAGAAAUUUCUAAUUCAAGCUGCUGAAACGGAUAAAAUUGAUGAAAAAAUGUCCCGACUUACGAAGGCGGUAUUUUCGGCCAAUAUUAAUGACUCUAAAGUCUUUCUGGCUGCUCUGAUGGACCGUAUUCGUUGCUCGUUCGCGGCUGAAUAUUUUCAAAAAUGUUUGGAGGAUUGUCAACACAUGUCUUCAGUAUUGAGUGAAAAAUUAAUCCCAAUUUUAAACGAGAGAGACCAUCAAAUCUACAAAAUGGAAUGUUUGUCUUAUGAAACAAGGUGUCUAAAAAUCUUAGGAGAUACAGAAAAGGCAAAAAUUUUAGCCAGAGAAGGUAUAAGGGAAGCAAAACACUUCUUUCAAAGUAUAAAACAACAAGGGGGGGAGGAAAUUAACGAUGAAAAAAAGUUGGAAAGACUUUCUCCGUUUCUCGGCGUUUUGAAUGAAAAACAAAGCCACAGUAGAACAUCCGAUGGUCAAAAAGAUGAUCAAAUAUCUAUCCCCAGAGUUUUGGGUAAACAAAAUGAAAAGUUACAGAGCUGUUCAGACGCCGUAGCCCUCCGGUAUGAUGAGACAAAGGGCAGGCAUUUGGUCGCUACAAGGAAUAUAAAAACUGGCAGUGUUUUGAUAGUUGACGAGCCUUUUGCUUGGAGCACUGACGAAGCAAUGCUCCAAAGUAACUGCCUUCAUUGCCACAAGUCGUUAGAGUCUAUGGAGACUGUUAAAAUACCAUGUCGCAAUUGCCAAACAGUAAAUUAUUGUUCGGAGGAAUGUAGAAUAGAAUCGUGGGAAAAGUAUCAUCGCUGGGAGUGUACAGUCUUUGAUUAUUUUUAUAGUAUGAAGCAAAUACAAAGUUCACGACUUUUGUUAGCGUAUAGAGCAACCGUUUUGCUUGCGACACGAAACGUGGAUGUAGAGAAAGACGAUAAACUGAGUGCUGACUUAAAAAAGUAUCAUUCUAACAAUGAAACCAAUAAAAAAAGACUAGAAAUUGGAUUAAAUAAAGAAUAUGACCCGAUGGAUUAUUGCACCGUUUAUUCACUGGAAACGAAUUCCAAAGAUAUCGACCCAAAGGUGAAUCUUAUGCAUGCAUUACACAGCAUACUUCUAGCUAAAUGUUUCAGAUACGUGUCCACCAAAAUAUUACCAAAAAUUGAAAUUGGCGACGACGAAGAACAUAUUUUAGCUACGGCAACCCUUCGCCAUUUGCAAGCAAUAAAUUCCAAUGCAUACGAGAUAGUCGAAAAUGUUUUGGAUAAGGGCACCAAAGUCUGGGAACCAAAAACUGUUGGUGGAGCAAUUUAUGCAACGGUCAGCUUGACAAAUCACAGCUGUCACCCGAAUGUGGUUCGCCAUAGUUAUCCUAGAGGAAACGUCGUUGUACGAGCUAUACGCUUCAUUCCAAAGGGCACAGAAAUUUUGGAUUGUUACGGGCCGCAUUUUCUACGCGACAUUAAAUCAGAGAGGCGUAACUACCUCCUCGAAAAAUACAAUUUUAAUUGCAACUGCGAAGCUUGCAGCAAGAAUUUGUCACUACCACUUCCAGAUUUCUUGUACAAAUGUAAAAAAUGUUUCCAGAUUUGUGAAAAGUUACAAAAUUCUUGCUCAAAGUGUGCUACCAGAAUUGAUAGAGCAAAAACGAGUAAGAUUGUCAACGAAUCUGUCCGACAAAGAUUGAUAGCGAUUCAAAAUAUGUCGGAUGGAAAUCAUAAGGCCGCUUUGCCGAUAUUGUUGCAUCACGCUGAGCUAGUUGAUAAAAUGAUUUCGGAUUUUAGCAUGGAGGCUGUUAGAACUCAGCAAGCAUUAAUACAAUGUUUCAAUAGUGUAGGUUGCACAUCUAAGUGAAGUAGUUUGUUUCUUGGGUUUUGUUUUUGAAUAAACAACAGAUGAUGUGUUAGUUAAACUAUAGAAAAUUAAGUUGAAAAAAAAAAACGGUCAAACGUUUUUAAUAUUACUGCUUAUGAUUUAUUAUUGGAUUCACACUCAUCAUACUUGGAAUUGUCUAAAAAAAAAAAAAAAAAAGAGGAAAAGAAAAAACAAAAAUAAAUUUGAAAAAAAAAAAAUAUAUAUAUAUAUGUAUAGAAGAGGAAAAAAAAUCGCCUAACAAUAAUAUCUAAGAAAAAUCAAUUAUGGAUAAUAAUUAAAAACAGUACAAUUGUAGAAUCAAAGAAUUUUUUGUUCGAGUAUAUGAAGAUAAACGAACGACAAGAAUAUAGUAGCGAUCUUUGGAUUUUUUGGGCAGUAAUUCUGUCUUUCUUUUUUUUCCGUCGAGACUUUCACUGUGUUUUUCUUAAAUAUAUUUACAAAGUUUAAGCGUGGCAGAAAGUCAAACUUCUGUCCAACUCUUUUUAUGUACAUACAUGAACAAAUUUAAGAGAGAAUAAAAAAAAAAGAAGGAAAACCAUCGAUAUUUGCCUUUCGAAAUUUCGAAUUUUGCUGUAAUACCUUGGUCAUAAAAUGAUAGUUAUAGUUAGUUUUUUUUAUAUCGCGAAAAAUGUUUGCAGAUCUCUUCCAAUUUGCAGGAAAAAGAUUUGAACUGAAAUUUUGAAAAUUUAUAAAUCACAAAGAAUUUCAGAAUUUAACACAGACAGCGAUAAUAGCCUAUAUAGAUGAAUUCGACGUGCUUUUUAUAACUUGGAACCGUUUAAAAAUUAAUGCAUGAUUACCGGGACGUGCGCGCGUUUCCUAUUACCUAGUUUUUCGUAAUAAUUGUAUACGUCAUUUUUAUACAAUAGUACAAUAAACAUCAUUAACAAUUAGAAUCAAUUAAAAAUAUAAUAAUUAAUACAGCGACUACCAUUGUACAUGUAUACCUCGAUGCCUAUGUCAGAUAUACAUUUGACACUCAUGUUUCAUCCCCAAGUAAGAAUUCACACGAAAUUGCAGUCAAUAACUACGCCAUAACUACGAAUGAUAACAAUAAGUAAGACGGGGGGG